AGAUCUUUGAAAAUCAGAAGAAAAAAAUUAGAAAAAAAGGAGAGGAAGAAAAUGGUUAAUCAUUUGGAACAAGUAAAAGAAUUUGAUGAAUCGAAGGCUGGAGUAAAAGGCCUCUGCGAUUCAUCCCUGACCUCCCUCCCCACCAUGUUCAUACAACCCCCUGAAAUUCUCUCCACACUCCGCCCACCUUCUUCUCCAAAACCCAUCACCAUUCCUCUCAUCAACCUCGCCGGCCGCCGCUCCACCGCCGUCCAGAAACUCACAGACGCCGCACGAACCUACGGUUUCUUCCAAAUCAUCAACCACGGCAUACCCGUUUCAGUUAUCGACCAGACGAUCAACUCUGUCAAAGCUUUUCACGAGCAGCCAAACGAAGCCAAGGCCCAGUUGUACGGGCGCCAGGUGGGGAACCCGGUCCAGUACUCGACCAACAUUGACUUGUACCGGUCGAGUGCGGCGACUUGGCAUGAUUAUGUUCAGGUGAAGAUGUCGCCGGAGGAGGAGCGGGCGAGGCCGGAGGAGGUGCCGGAGGUGUGUCGGAGAGAGUUGGGUGAGUGGGAUGGGUGGGUGACGGGAGUCUGUGAGAAGGUGAUGGAGAUGUUGUGUGAAGGGUUGGGUUUGGAGCAGGGGAAGUUCAAGGAGUUGACUUUUUAUGAGGAGAGAGUUCUGGUGGGCGUUUACUAUCCGCCAUGUCCACAGCCGGAGCUGACUUUUGGAUUGAAGCCACAUUCGGAUCCGUGUGUUUUAACAAUUUUGAUUGAGAACGGGGUUCCAGGGUUGCAGGUUAAGUUUGAAGAUGAGUGGGUUGACGUGAAGCCUGUUCAUGGAGCGUUGACUGUAAACGUCGGUGACUUUCUUCAGAUCGUAUCAAAUGAUGAAUACAAAAGUGUCAAGCACCGAGUGUUGGCAAACUCAUCGGAGGAAGCAAGAAUCUCAGCUGUGAUGUUUUUCAAUGCUAACAAAUGGAAUGAUUCGGGUUAUCUUGGACCUUUACCGGAGCUACUGUCGCCGGAGAAACCAGCCAGGUACCGAGACUUCACCAAGCAAGAAUUUAUGACCUCCUUUUACGGGAAGGCACUCGAUGGGGAAACUCUCCCUGAUAAGACAAGGAUUUUAUAAUUAUUAAAUUGUUUAAUCAGUCUACUUGUAUUUGAAUAUUAUUUCUUCUUACUACCUGCACUCUCUGUGUAUGCGAACAUACACAGAACCACAUAUAUAGAUAUAUAUAUAUAUAUAGAUAUAUAUAUGUGUGUGUGUAUAUGUAUCUGUACGUAAUUUCUCGAUUCAUCCUCGUUUCACCACCUUCAUGCUUCUUUGGGAACGGAGUCGAUUUGGAUGAAUUUUAGUAUUAAUAUUAUUAAUCA